CGUCACCGAGGAACGCACCCGUCGAGGAGGAAGUGACGACACGAUCCGUGCCAGAGGAAGUUUGUACGGCGCUGGGAGAGAAAGUUCCCCGGAGCGACUGCGCUUGGAGCGGGAAGAACCCUGACACAGCCGCCGCUGGUGGACCGAGCGCGGCGUGCAGUUGGUUCGUGAGGCCGUGUGGCCGUGUCUCCGCUCCUCCUGCUCGCGGUGAGAUGGGGAAGGAGCAGGAACUGCUGGAGGCGGCGCGCACCGGGAAUCUGGCCGCCGUUGAGAAGCUCCUGUCCGGGAAGAGACCGUCGGCCGGGUCGGCCGCCGCCGGAGGUUCCGGAUCGGCCGGGAAUAUCGGGAGCGGCGGGCACAGCUCUUCACACUCGCUCUCCAGUCUGCUCAGCAUCUGGAGGGGCCCAAAUGUGAACUGUGUGGACAGCACUGGAUACACACCUCUACACCACGCUGCUUUAAAUGGCCACAGUGAGGUGGUGGAAGUACUUCUGCGGAACGAGGCUCUGACGAACAUCGCUGAUAACAAGGGCUGUUACCCUCUGCACCUGGCGGCGUGGAAGGGAGAUCAGCGAAUCGUCAAACUCCUCAUCCAUCAGGGUCCAUCUCACCCCAAACUCAAUGAGCAGAGCACUCUAGACCACACUGAGUUCAAACGCUGUGGCCCAUUUGACCCCUAUAUUAAUGCCAAGAACAACGACAACGAGACGCCGCUGCACUGUGCGGCUCAGUACGGACACACUCAGGUGGUGCAGCUGCUGCUGGAGGAGCUGACCGACCCCACCAUGCGCAACAACAAGUUUGAGACGCCGCUCGACCUGGCUGCGCUCUACGGCCGGCUGGAGGUGGUCAAACUUCUGCUCAGCGCUCAUCCCAACCUGCUCAGCUCCAACACCAAGAAACACACCCCUCUCCACCUGGCCUCCCGCAACGGACACCUGGCCGUGGUGGAGGUGCUGCUGGCCGCUGGCGUGGAUAUCAACUACCAGACAGAGAAAGGCAGUGCCCUUCAUGAAGCAGCUCUAUUUGGAAAGACGGAAGUAGUACAAAAACUACUCAACGCAGGUAUCGAUGUGAAUAUCGUGGACAGUAAGAGUCUAACAGCGCUGGACACUGUUAGAGACAUGCCCUCUCAAAAGAGCCGACAGAUCGCCGCCCUCAUACAAGCUCAUAUGAGCGGCCGUCCGUCAGACACGAGCCUUCCUCCUCCACCAGUGCCUCCACCUCAAGAGAGCCUGAGCCCCAAGAGAAAAGGAGAAAUGGAGCAGCAGGUCAGUGAGCUCAUAUCCGGUUUGGCUUCGACCCCUGUGGAAGAGAAUCCGUAUGAAGCUCUGUUUGAGGCGUCCUCGUGUGUCUCACUGGACAGCCUGGCCAGCGGAAAGUCAUCGGACAGCGAAGCCGGGAAGGUGUGCGUGCGAGAUACUAAAGAGCGCCGUCCUCCACAGAAUCAGUCUGCACAGGAUGAGGAUCUCAGCUCUGAGGCGGUUUACACCAACAGCAGUGUGGAUGAACGCGCCGAGCCUCUGGAAGAGGAAGAGCACACAUAUGAACUCUUAGUCACCGCACAGACCAAAAUCCCCAACAACACACAAAGCAAAGCAGAUGUGGACGUCUCAGCCAAGUCCUCCAACAGUGUCCUACCUCAGCGAAAGACCACUGCACACAUUGACCUACGACCUUCAGGGUCCAACACAAACACUCUGCAGCCGCCUGCACCUCAUUUUAGCACAGGACAGACGUCUGGAGAGAGCUCCUCGCACGGUCAGGAUAUAAGCGCUGCCGUUCCUGAGCAGUUCACUGGUCUGCUUCACGGUUCCUCGCCGGUGGUCGACUGUCGGGAGGAAGCAUUCAGACUGCCGUCCUCUGGAGUGAAGUCCGGCGAGGCUUCCAACACUUCGACAUCUGCCAGCUCCGCCCCCCUUCCCCAUCCCAAAUUGGCGGUCACCGUGGAAACCAUUCUCCAGGACACUGACCCCAAAGCUAUUUACGCCACGGUCCACAAAGAGCCACGGGAUUCUUCGUCGAAACACAACUCACCGGCCCGCGAUUCUCCGCUGACGAGAAGGAUGCCUCCGCCGGGUGAUCUCAAGCUAGCGCGUAGCCUUUCGAAGUCCGACUCCGACCUGCUGGUGUCCCCACCCGGUGAGGAAGAGACGGGGUUGGGCGGCCGAAGUGAGUCAGUGUCCAACUGUAGCACCACCAAGAGAAGACUGGAAAAAUCACCUUCAUUCACUUCAGAAUGGGACGAGAGACCGAGGCAUUCCAUCUCUAUUCCAUGGAGACAGCGGCCGCCCCAAAGAAUUGAGAAGAUCAUGACCCUAAUUGGAGCCGGCAUCGACUUUUCCAAAGACCAGGAGUGCCCUGCCACAGGUGGAUCCAGGAGGCUGCUUGAACAGCCGGUCGGGGAUUGGUUGGAGCAUAUAGGCCUUCCGCAGUAUGAGAGCAAGCUACUUCUCAAUGGCUUUGACGACCUGCGGUUCAUGGGAAAUGACGUAAUGGAAGAGCAAGACCUGAGAGAAAUUGGCAUCACGGAUCCGGCACAUCGCAGGAAGAUCCUCAGUGCUGCACGUUCUCUACCAAAGGUGAAAGCAUUAGGCUGUGACGGCAGCACGUCCCUCGCUGCGUGGCUGGACGUCCUGGGUCUUCAGGAAUACCUGCAGAACUUCCUGUCGAGCGGCUAUCGCACGCUAGAAUGUGUGAAGAACCUGUGGGAGCUGGAGAUUGUCAAUGUGCUGAAGAUCACGUUGUUGGGCCACAGGAAAAGGAUUAUUGCGUCAUUAGCUGAACGGCCGUAUGAGGAGCCUCCGGUCAAACCACCCCGCCUCUCUCAGAUCAGAUGUCAGGAUCUCAUGUCCCAGACCUCGUCUCCUCUCAGUCACUCAGACUCCUACACGCGCUCCAUGGAUCCCCUGUUACCUGCUGGUGAUUCUGGGAGGAGGAGAGGUCCCGACUCAGAAUAUGACGUGGCUAUUCGACAGCGGCCCAAUGACAGACCACAACCACAAGAGAGAUUUGAGGAACGUCAGCGGGAGCCUCGCUUGACCUUACGACCCCCGAGUCUGGCGGCGCCGUACACACCGGUCCAGAACUGGCACCAUCAGCCCGAGAAGCUCAUCUUCGAAUCAUGCAGUUACGAGGCCAACUAUCUGGGCUCGAUGCUCAUUAAAGAACUAAGAGGAACGGAGUCAACGCAGGACGCCUGUGCUAAAAUGAGGAGGUCAACAGAACAGAUGCGGAAGAUCCCCACCAUCGUCCUCUCCAUCACGUACAAGGGUGUGAAAUUCAUUGACGCUGCCAACAAGAACAUCAUUGCAGAACAUGAGAUCAGGAACAUCUCAUGUGCAGCUCAGGACCCAGAGGACCUCUGCACGUUUGCUUACAUCACUAAAGAUCUGCAGAGCAGCCAUCAUUACUGCCACGUGUUCAGCACCGUAGAUGUGAACCUGACCUAUGAGAUCAUUCUGACGCUGGGACAGGCGUUUGAAGUGGCCUAUCAGCUGGCACUGCAGGCCCAGAGGACCAGACAGCAGCAGAGCGCAGCGGGAGCGGCGGAAAUCAAGACACAG